AAAGAGAACGAGGCAGGCUGCUUAGAGGAGCGAGAGAGCCAAGGACGGAAUAAGGAACACAUUUUACAAGAGCAGGAAGAGGGAGGAUCGCGGACGAGGGACUCCUUCUCUACUGGGCACCUGGGACUCAGUCAAUGCUUUUUUUUCCACUCGUCUUCUAUCUGGAACCCAGUGGACUAACCAACCGGUGGAUUUUUAGAUACACGCUUGUGCCACAUCAUUUAGAAACUGGGAUCAUUAUCUGCCCUCUUGCUGGCUCCACCGCUUCAGACUGAGAUUGCUUUCUGCUCCUGUGAUCGGCUCUUGUGUUGUGAUUGUGCUCCGUGCAACAAAGUGCAUCUGUCGGCCACCGGUGCUGAAGAUAUCUCCCCCCUCUGUCAAACAGGACAGCACGCAGCCACCAUCGGAUCAGACUACAGAGGAGAGAGAGGGAGGCACAGUGUGUGUGUGUAAGAGAGAGAGGGGCAGUGUGAGAGAGUCAGAUUCAGUUUGAGAGGGAGGCAGGUUAAAGCCCAGGCGAAAGACUGGACCAAAACAGCUCCAAAUAGAGAAGUAAAGCUAUAUAUCCUCUCCCGUUUUUCCUCGCCAUCCCUUUCCUUCUUCCUCCUCUCCUCCUCCUCCUCUUCCUCUCCCGCUUUCCAACAUUCACAGGACUGCCAGAGCUACUGCCACCUGCACCUCUUCUCUUCCCUUUUCUUCCUCUACCUCACCCUUAUCGCGCAUUACUAUCAAAUACCGGCAUCACACGGACACGUUGCUCUUGGUUCCUGUACUUGUGGAAAUAUUUGCAUUGAUCCAGCAACAUCCACUUGAUACUGAGGCUCCGCAACCAGUGAGGCAUCAGGAGCUUCCCCCACAAGAGGAAGACCUUCUCCCAGCUGCUGUCAAGACUGCAUACCCUACCUUCUCCCUGGAGAUCCAGCAAGCGACACAGCGGUGUGGACAGCCAAGACAGGAAUCGCACAGCCCCGCCACUGCCUCUAUCCCAACGCUAGCUACUUGGCAGCUCCCGCCCCAGUGUCACCAUUCCCUGCCUCAGUGCUAAGGAUUCCAGCUACAUGGGCAAGCGAUUGGAACAGCAGCCAAUGUACCCUCAGUACACCUACUACUACCCCCACUAUCUCCAGACCAAGCAGCCCUAUGCUCCACCCCCUCAUCCCAUGGCUCCUCCCAGCCCGAGCACCAACAGCUGCAGCCAGGGAGGAGCAGAGCAGCUGAGUAAGACCAACCUGUACAUCCGCGGCCUGCCACCUGGGACCACCGACCAGGACCUCAUCAAACUCUGCCAACCGUAUGGAAAAAUAGUGUCAACCAAGGCCAUACUGGAUAAGAACACCAACCAGUGCAAAGGCUAUGGCUUUGUGGAUUUUGACAGCCCAGCUGCAGCACAGAAGGCCGUGUCGUCUCUCAAAGCCACCGGGGUGCAAGCCCAAAUGGCCAAGCAACAGGAGCAGGACCCCACCAACCUGUACAUCUCCAACCUGCCAGUGUCGAUGGAUGAGCAGGAGCUGGAGAACAUGCUGAAGCCUCUGGGUCACGUGAUCUCCACAAGGAUACUGAGGGAUGCCAACGGGGUCAGCAGAGGAGUCGGCUUUGCAAGGAUGGAGUCCACAGAGAAAUGUGAAGUAGUGAUACAGCAUUUCAACGGCAAAUACCUGAAAACCCCACCAGGCAUUCCAGCUCCCACGGAGCCUUUGCUGUGCAAAUUCGCCGACGGAGGGCAGAAGAAACGCCAGAGCCAGAGCAAGUAUCCUCAGAACGGGAGGCCGUGGCACAGAGAAGGCGAGACUGGCAUGGCGUUAACAUAUGAUCCAGCUGCAAUGCAGAAUGGGUUCUACUCCUCGCCUUACAGCAUUGCCACCAACCGCAUGAUUGCACAGACCUCCAUCACGCCCUUCAUCGCUGCUUCCCCCGUCUCCACAUAUCAGGUCCAGAGUACGUCAUGGAUGCCUCAUCAACAAUAUGUUAUGCAACCUACAGGUGCAGUGAUCACGCCAGCCAUGGACCACACUAUGUCCAUGCAACCUGCCAGCAUGAUGGGCCCUAUCACCCAGCAGAUGAACCAUCUGUCCCUGGGCACUACAGGAAGUUACAUGACUGCUGCAGCUGCCGCGGCGCCUAUGCAAGGGACCUACAUUCCCCAGUACACUCCUGUGCCUCCAACAGCCGUCCCUGUCGAAGGAGUGGUGACGGACGCCUCCCCGCAGAGCGUGGCUCCCUCGUCACAGGAGGUGGCCGGACAACAGCAACAGAUCCAGGUGGACAGCGCUGCCGACCACGUUCCUGCUUACUCAUACACGUCCAAAUAGCAACGGCCUGAGCGAAUGUUCCUGUGACAGCGUUGCCUUGAGACAGAAGGUGGCUGCACUGUGAAUGUGAGGAAACGAGAGAAGAGAGAGAUUGCUUCCAGAUUGCCCAGGCACCAAAAAAGAGACACUUUUUUCAUUUCCUACCUGGCCUACGAGAAAAAAAAAAAAAAAGAAAAACAAACGCAAGAAGGAGGUAAAGAGUGCUGAGGAAGGAGAUGGGGAAAAUUGCUGGGCACAGUGCAAAGAAGUGAAAUUGUUUAGUCUGGGAACCUGCCUGAAGGGCUGGGCUGAAGCUUGAAAAGUUUCUCAAAGAAAAAUCUCAACUAAUUAAAAAAAAGAUGAAAAACGAGUAAAACCGACAAAAAAAAAAAAAGGUUGAAUGCGCAGGUAGGCGAUGAAGUUUAUUUUGUAAUUAGAAAAGAGGAGUCAAGUUUGAGAUACACACAGAGAUUGUCUUCCUCAGAUAUUAAGCUACAGUUUCUUUUCACUCUUUUUUAUGUUCUAGUGUUAAAUUUUAGUUUUCUAGAUAUAUUCGAAAACAAAGUGGUUUUUUUUUCUUGAAUCUUCAUGGCCUUAAUUUGAAGGGCGCCAGAAACUUUUUACAGAGUUAAAGUCUGACGUCUGGUUAGGAAAAAAAGCAAACAAAAUCAGUCUCUUGGACCCCCUGGAGGGUACAAGACACUGGAUGAGUUGUUCUACAGAGGAAAAAAAGAAUCUAUCACAUAAGCUGUACAGAUUUAAUAGAGAAGAGCUUUUUUUUGUUUCUUCAUUAGAAGAAAACUUUGAUAAUUAUUAUGUCAGAGGUAACUAAGUGUCAGAAGAAAAACAAAAUGUCUG